AUCCAGGACGUGGUGCCCAUCAACAGCUACGACGCGGCCGGGACCUUCCUGCUGCUCGGCUGCAACAACGGCUCCAUCUACUACGUGGGUGACAGCGGCAACUGGAUCGAGAUCGCCUACGGCACCAGUUCGGGUGUCGUGCGGGUGAUCGUGCAACACCCGGAGACGGUGGGCUCGGGUCCCCAGCUCUUCCAGACGUUCACCGUGCACCGCAGCCCCGUCACCAAGAUCAUGCUGUCGGAGAAGCACCUCAUCUCGGUCUGCGCCGACAACAACCACGUGCGGACGUGGACGGUGACGCGGUUCCGCGGGAUGAUCUCCACGCAGCCCGGCUCCACGCCGUUGGCGUCCUUCAAGGUCUUGGCCUUGGAGGACAUGGACGGUCACGCCGGCUGCGCCGCCGGCACCGACAUCGGACCUUUCGGGGAACGCGACGACGAGCAGGUCUUCAUCCAGAAGGUGGUGCCCGACGCCUGCCAGGUCUACGUCCGGCUUUCGUCUACCGGCAAGAGGGUGUGCGAGGUGCGUGCCGUGGACGGCUCGGCCAUCACCGCCUUCACGGUCCACGAGUGCGAGGGAUCGCGGCGUGUGGGGUCGCGGCCGCGCCGGCGCCUGCUGACCGGGCACGCCAACGGCAGCCUGCAGCUCUGGGACCUCAGCACCGCCAUGGAGAUGGGGGGCAGACCCCAAG